CUCAAUACAUCUCACCAAAAACAAAACCACCCCCUCUUAAAAAAAACAUCUAACUUCUUUUUGAAAAUCAAAUCAGCCGUGAAAAAAAUGGCAGAGACGACAGUAACAGUGGCACCGAUGGGAGCUGAGAUGAAGAAAACAGAGAUGUCUAGUUUGGUGGGGAAGCUUGAGACAGACGUGGAGAUCAAAGCUUCGGCUGGACAGUUCCAUCACAUGUUCGCGGGGAAACCACAUCAUGUCUCCAAAGCAUCUCCCGGAAACAUUCAGGGCUGUGACCUUCACGAAGGCGACUGGGGCAAAGUAGGCUCUAUCGUCUACUGGAACUACGUUCAUGAUGGGGAGGCAAAGGUAGCAAAGGAGAGGAUCGAGGCGGUGGAGCCAGAGAAGAACUUAAUCACCUUUAGGGUUAUAGAAGGUGAACUGAUGAAAGAGUACAAAAGCUUCUUGCUCACGAUCCAGGUGACCCCUAAACAGGGAGGGCCAGGGAGUAUUGUGCACUGGCACCUUGAGUAUGAGAAAAUUAGCAACGAGGUGGCUCAUCCGGAAACUCUCCUCCAGUUCUGUGUUGAAGUCUCCAAAGAGAUCGACGAACAUCUAUUGGCCGAGGAAGAAGAGGUGAAGCAAACGGAGACGUCUAGUUUGGUGGGGAAGCUUGAGACAGACGUGGAGAUCAAAGCUUCGGCUGAGAAGUUCCAUCACAUGUUCACUGGGAAACCACAUCAUGUCUCCAAAGCAUCUCCAGGCAACAUUCAGGGAUGUGAGCUUCAUGAAGGCGAUUGGGGCACAGUGGGAUCUAUCAUCUUCUGGAAUUACGUUCAUGAUGGGGAGGCAAAGGUUGCGAAGGAGAGGAUCGAGGCGGUAGAGCCAGAGAAGAACUUGAUCACAUUUAGGGUUAUAGAUGGUGAUCUGAUGAAAGAAUACAAAAGCUUCUUGCUCACGAUCCAGGUGACCCCUAAACAGGGAGGGCCAGGGAGUAUUGUGCACUGGCACCUUGAGUAUGAGAAAAUUAGCAACGAGGUGGCUCAUCCGGAAACUCUCCUCCAGUUCUGUGUUGAAGUCUCCAAAGAGAUCGACGAACAUCUCUUGGCCGAGGAAGAAGAGGUGAAGCAAACGGAGACGUCUAGUUUGGUGGGGAAGCUUGAGACAGACGUGGAGAUCAAAGCUUCGGCUGAGAAGUUCCAUCACAUGUUCACUGGGAAACCACAUCAUGUCUCCAAAGCAUCUCCAGGCAACAUUCAGGGAUGUGAGCUUCAUGAAGGCGAUUGGGGCACAGUGGGAUCUAUCAUCUUCUGGAAUUACGUUCAUGAUGGGGAGGCAAAGGUUGCGAAGGAGAGGAUCGAGGCGGUAGAGCCAGAGAAGAACUUGAUCACAUUUAGGGUUAUAGAUGGUGAUCUGAUGAAAGAAUACAAAAGCUUCUUGCUCACGAUCCAGGUGACCCCUAAACAGGGAGGGCCAGGGAGUAUUGUGCACUGGCACCUUGAGUUCGAGAAAAUUAGUGAGGAAGUUGCUCAUCCCGAAACUCUGCUUCAGUUCUGUGUCGAAGUCUCCAAAGAGAUCGACGAACAUCUCUUGGCAGAGGAAUAGAGGAGAGUACUCCUCCAUAUAUGUGUGCCUUCCGUUUAAUAUAUGAAUGAAAAUGCAAUAAAUAAGGACAAAUGAGCUACAUAUGUCCGAGUUUGUGAGAUAUGCAAUUAAGUUUGAGUGUGCAUGAAUGUUAUGCAAUCCUUUUAUAUUAAAAUUGUAACUUUCAGAAGCGACGUGUAUAAGUAUAUGUAUAAGCUUGAUCGAUGAGGCUUAUAUAGCCGAUCCCAAAAAUAUAUAAGUAUGUUAUGUUUGCUAAUGAAA